AUGAGAGUAACUAUAUUAAUAUUGGCAACUUUAACAAUUAGUACUAUAGUAUAAGACGAUGAGGUUUUUAUCCAAUAAUUAGCUGAAAAAAUAAAAGAGAAUUUUGAGCAAUUAUCAUAAUUAGAUAUAGAAUUUCAAACUAUUAAAUAAGCAAAGUUAAAUUAAAUUGCUGUAUUAUAAUCAGCUAUCUCUGAUCAAAAAGGAGAAUGUUAUAAUAGAGAAUAAGACGUAAAAUAUAAUAUAAAUUAAAUAGGUAGAAGCCAAAUAAACAGAAAUAGAUUUAGCAAAUGAUUACAUAAAUUGGAUGAUAUUUAAUUGGAGAGUAAUAAUGAUAGAAUUAGUCUACUUUCAAAUAAUGUUUGUGAAAAAAAUAAUAAUUUUUUGUAUGAGUUUAAGAGUGCAAGAGUGUUAUUGA